AUGAUCCGGCGCACCAUAUCGACACCACUCGUCGCUGUGGUACUGGCCCUGUUUAUAAUAUUUUUCUUCUACUCGAGCAGCGCCGGCCGCGAAACAUGGGAGGGCCUUCCGCAACGGGUCGGCCUAGGCGAUCAUAUUGGAUCGAGCCAUGCGCCCGGUAGCUCCAGCUCUCCCGCGCAGGGCGCACAAGAUCCGCACUACGAGGAAUGGAACCCACGGCUCAACUUCAAGCCCGGCUCGCCAAUGCCGCCAGGGCACAACUAUACCUCGCUUCUGGUCAUCGCAAAGACCAAGGAGGAGAACAUCGAUUGGAUGGAUGAGGCGCUGCCUGAUCAGCCCAAGGCUGUCUAUGUUGCCGACGACCCCAAGGCACCGCUUCAUCCUCCCAAAAACAAGGGACAUGAGGUCAUGGUGUACCUCACAUGGAUCAUUGACAAUUACGACAACUUGCCGGAUGUCACCAUGUUCAUGCAUGCGCAUCAGCUGACCUGGCAUAACGACGACCUACUAGGCAACGACGCCGCACAACUCGUCACGCGCCUGAGCCGACAGCGCGUAUGGAGAGAAGGCUUCGUCAACAUGCGAUGCAGCUGGUAUCCUGGCUGUCCUGACUGGAUGCAUCCCGGCGAGUCGGAGGAGAACGCGUUCAAGCCAGAGGAGGUCCUACUGGCUAAAUCCUGGAGCGAGCUCUUCCCCCUCGACGAAGUUCCCUCAGUGCUUGCGCAGCCCUGCUGUGCGCAAUUUGCCCUCUCUCGCGAACGGAUCCAAGCCAAACCCUAUGCACAGUAUGUCUGGUACCGCGACUGGCUCUUCAACACCAAACUCCCCGAUUCCAUGUCUGGGCGUAUAUGGGAGUACGUAUGGCAAUUUGUCUUCACUGGUCAAAGUGUGAACUGUCCGAAAGAGCACAUCUGCUUCUGCGACCAAUUUGGCCUGUGCUUCGGAGGUGAAGAGGCCUGGUCAGACUUCAUAGUCCUGAAGAACGAACUCAGUGAUCGCGAGCGGGAUCUCCGGGACUGGGAAGAAAAAGGCAAGGCGAUAGAAGAGGCAAAAAAGAAAGGCGAGGAUCACUUGUUGAAGACGCUCGAGAAGCCAGAAGAGGGCAAGGACGCGGAGUUCCGCAGGGAGAUCGAUCGAUUACGGCCGAUCGUGGAAGGGCUGAAAAGGGAUGCUGAUGAGCGGGGAAAGGAUCCACGAAACAGAGCGUUGGAAGCUGGUCGAGACUGGUUUGAGGGAGAUGAUUACUAG